AUGUUAAAGAAAAUAAUCAGUGCAUUGAAAAUUACAGUAGACUCAAACACAGUCACCAUGAAAUUAGACUGUGUUUUUGCAGUCUGGACUCUCUACCUGUUCCUUGCUGUGUUCUGGGCAUCCCCAAUGUUGCUGGCUGCCAGUCUGGAGAAGAUGCCAUGUGAAGAAUCCACAAACCCUGGACCUGUCGGCACCCAGGAAAGUAGCUGCCACACCUAUGAUGACUUGGCUAGCCCAAAGGAAGAGGCCUUCCAGUACAUGGGUUACACAUUCAGUGAACCCUUUCAUCUGAUCGUUUCCUAUGACUGGCUAAUUCUCCAAGGUCCAUCCAGGCCUGUGUUUGAAGGGGAUUCACUGAUUCUGCGCUGCUGGGCCUGGCAAGAUUGGCCAUUAUCCCAGGUCACAUUCUACAGAGACAGCUUAGCUCUGGGUCCUCCUGGACCUAACAAAGAAUUCUCCAUAGCUGUGGCACGAAAGGCAGACAGCGGACACUACCACUGCAGUGGCAACUUCAGGAGUCCUGGUCCUGGGAGUCCACAAACAGCAUCUUCUGUGGCCAUCAUAGUCCAAGAGUUGUUUCCAACUCCAGUCCUCAGAGCCACACCUUCAGCUGAGCCCCAAGAGGGGAGCCUGGUAACGCUGAGUUGUCAGACAAAACUGACUCUGCAGAGGUCAGCCACACGUCUCCUCUUCUCCUUCUAUAAGGAUGCUAGAAUAGUGCGCAACAGAGACGUCUCCUCAGAAUUCCAGAUCACCACAGCUUCAGAGGAGCACUCUGGAUCCUACUGGUGUGAAGCAGCCACUGAGGACAACCAAGUGUGGAAACAGAGCCUUCGGCUGGAGAUCAGGGUACAGGGUAAGUAACUCUGCAGUGCUGCACCCCCCAUCUUAACUUCAGCUCCUCAGAAGCCAACUGCUUCAGAAACUGAUUCUAGGGAGCCCCCAGGACCUCUGCCUCCUCUGACCACCCCUUCUUCUGAAGACCCAUGCUCAUCCUCUCCUCUGGUGGUGCCAGACCCCCACAUGCAUCAUAAGAUGGACAUUCUUCUCAAACAAAUGCAGGAUAUGAGAGCUCUCCUUGGGCACCUGGUCAUGGAGCUGAGAGACUUAUCUGACCAACAAAAGUCUAGAAGCACAAAGGCUCCUGCCAAAUAA